UUUUUUACAAAUAGAAUGAAUUUCAAGAUAUCUUAGCUAUCAGACUAUAAAUCUUGAUGUUUUUAGUAUAUUUACUAUUGACUCUAUAUUAUAAAACAUAAAUCAUGUCAACGAAGACUAUAGCUUCUGCUAUAAAGUUUAGUGAAUUGACCGGUCUUUUGGAAAAAAUCAAGAAGAUCCAAGGAAAAUCAUCUUUAGAUCAAAAGAAGAGGCUGCUGAGUAAUUUCAUUGCAAAAUGGAGAGAGGCUCACAAUACAUAUUACAAAGGCAAAGCCACAGAUGAUUCUUUCUAUUCAGCAAUGCGACUUAUCAUGCCUCAUCUUGAAAAGGAACGUGGACCUUAUGGUACAAAGGAGACGAUGCUUGCAAAAUCCUAUAUUUCAAUCUUACAAAUUGGAGAAGAGAGUGCAGAUGGCAGAAAACUGAAACACUUCAGUGCACCAAAACAUACAAAGGGGGAUGAAAGUGACUUUGCUGGUGUAGCCUACUACGUGCUUAAAGAUCGACUUGCUGAUAAAACCUCAUUGACGAUUCAGGAUGUGAAUGAUGCAUUGGAUGCCAUUGCCUUAGCAAAUGCCAACAAGGACAAAGUCCUAAAGGAGAAGAAGCUGCUGUACCUGUUACAGAACACAAGUGCCUUGGACAACAAGUGGUUGAUCAGAAUGAUCCUGAGAGAUAUGAAAUUAGGAUUCAGUCAACAUUCAGUCUUCACAACAUUUCAUCAAGAUGCUGAAGAUUAUUUCAAUGUCUGCACUAGUCUACAGAAGGUGUGUCAAAGGUUACAUAAUCCCUCUGUCCGUAUGCAUGAGAUAGAAAUCACAGUGUUUGAGCCAUUUCGCCCCAUGUUAGGAGACAGAGGACAACCAAAUAAGGUAGAGUCCCUAUUUGGUGGUAAAGAGUUCUUCAUUGAGACAAAGUAUGAUGGAGAGAGGAUGCAACUCCAUAAGGACAAGGAUGAAUAUAAAUACUUUUCAAGAGGAGGACUAGAAUACUCAAAGACCUAUGGUGCCAAUGCAUUUGAUGGCAACUUCACACCCCAAAUCCAUAAUUGUUUUCUCCCUGAAGUUAAGAGCUGUAUACUGGAUGGCGAGAUGAUGGCAUAUGAUGCAUCAACAGAUACAAUUAUGACGAAAGGAGGGAGCUUUGAUGUGAAGGUGGAAAACCUGUUUGAUAAGAAGGGCUAUACACCCUGCAUGUCUAUAUUUGAUGUCCUCAUGUUUAAUGGAAAGGUGUUGACCAACUUGCCUCUAAGGGAGAGGGUGAAAUAUUUAGAGGAGGUUCUUGUUCCUGUGCAAGGAAGAAUUAUGCUGGGGGAUCGCAAAUUGGGCAAAACAAAACAGGAUUGUGCCGAUGCCCUUAAUAAUGCAAUUGACAACCGUGAAGAGGGUAUAAUGGUUAAAGACCCUGAAUCAAUCUACAAGCCCAAUGUACGGACUGGGGGCUGGUAUAAAAUCAAACCUGAGUAUGUUGGUGGAUUGAUGGAUGAGUUAGAUCUGUUAAUCGUUGGAGGUUAUAUGGGAAAGGGUCGUCGUAGCAAUAUGAUGUCACACUUUCUUUGUGCCGUUGCUGUACCAACAGAUGAUGGUAGUCAUCCAAAGGUUUUCCAUUCUUUCUGCAAAGUGGGAACUGGGUAUUCAAUUGAUGAACUAAGGCAAUUCAAUGAUGAAAUAGAUUGGCUGAAAUAUAAUAAAGACAAAGCUCCAGAUUGCAUUGUCCUUGCUCAAGGAUUUAAGGAAAAACCAGAUGCAUGGGUUCCUCCAUCCAAGGCUUAUAUUGUUCAGGUGAAGGCAGCUGAGAUAACAGCGAGUAGAAGUUUCAAAACAGGUUACACUCUCAGGUUCCCGCGGGUUGAGAAAUUCAGGACAGAUAAGAACUGGUAUGACUGUAUGACCACAACAGAACUGGAAGACCUGCGAAAUAAAUCACAAGGCAAGCUGGCUGGUAGGCAUGCAGAUGUUUCAGAGGAAUCGGAGAGUCCAAAGAAAAAGCGAAAGUUGGCACCAAGACAGGAGAGAGCCACUGUGGCGUCACAGUUCAGAGGAAUUGAUACUUCAACUGUCCUCAAGAUCUCCGAGAUGUUUGCUGGUAAAGAGUUUUCUGUGAUCAACGGUUCUGCCAAAUAUUCCAAACAGAGCUUAGAGAAGAAGAUAGUUGAAUAUGGUGGCACUAUUGUACAGAAUCCCAGUAGUGACACCUAUUGUGUGCUAGCAGAGAAGGUGGCCCUUAAAGUGAAGAAUCUGAUCAGCCGCAAUAUAUAUGAUAUUGUCAAGGUUGACUGGUUUGUAAGGUGCUUUGAGAGCAACACAUAUAUUCCAUGGGUGCCAUCAGACAUGAUCCACACAAGUGCUAUUACUGCUGAACGGUUUGCCCAGGAGUAUGAUCGUUAUGGGGACAGUUACUAUAACGACACUGGUACAGAACAAAUUAAACAAGCAUUUGCCAAAAUAGGAGAGGAGAAAGAUGGGACAUCUUUGAUGACGGAAGAUGUAGCAGAAAUAGAAAUGAAGUACUUUCCUGAUGAGUGCCCCUUGGGAAUAUUUAGACUUGCUAGGGUCUAUGUUGAUGUCAACCAUACAGUGAAUAACUCAGAGAGCCAUAUACCGAAUAGUCCCCUUGAAAUCACCAGUUUGGACUUGAGGUUCUAUGGGGCAACUAUUGCAGAUACAAUAGAUGAUGAUGUCUCACAUGUUGUACUUCACUCAGGUGAUGUCUCUAGGGUAAAGAAAUUCAGGGAUCUAAACAGAAAACGAGAUAAGAAGUUCCAUAUUCUAACAGACACCUGGGUGUUGGACAGUAUAAAAUCAAGUAGAAUGAUGCCAGAAAGGGGAUAUGAACCACACUGUUGAGAAACAACCUCCGAGAUGCAUAAGUUCAGGGAGAGGCACAUUUCUUAACGCCAAGAAACUUUGAUAUUGACUGAGAUGAAUGUGCUAAAUAUUUAUAUUUAAUCUUGAUAUGAAAUUGUGAGAUGCUCCCAGUAUAUUGAAUACUUGGGUACAUAUCAUAGUCAACUAAGACUAGUACAUGUGAUAAGUAAUAUUAUGUUCCUGGAGUUUCUUGUUUUGAUGGGUAUUUAAAUGAAGCUAGAGGCUUAAAAUUCAGGGAUGCUUCACUAAAAAUAAUAAUGUAUAUGUGGGUUAUUUUGAAUGUAUCUUCGAAAUCAUGACAAGUAUACAAUGAUAGCCCUACAUGUAAUGUAGUGCAAUACAACUCAUAAGUAGUCAUUUGUUGUUUAACAAAUCGUCGUCUUGUUUUUUGAUAAGCUAUGUCUGCACAUAUUAAUAUUUUACAUAUUAUUUUUAUAAAUACAUAGAAAAAAACAAAAUAAAGUUUCAUGUAUCAUAUCA